GUUGUGUUCUUUGGCAUGUGCAUAGAAGUUACACGUGAACAAGCAUUUGGGAAUGGUCUGAAAAUCUCUGAAGUCUUGGGUUGCAAACCAAGAAAUUCUGUGUAAAUUUGAAGAAAACUUGAAGCAAAUCUAUGGCAUUUUCUUCACUUUUAGUUAUUAUCAUCCUUUACUUCUCAUCUUUAAUCUCCUCUUCUCCAAAUGAUAGUCCCCUCUACGAUUAUACCGCCUACACUCAGUGUAAAAUCGAACCAGAAGAUCCACUUUACAAUGGAGGAAUCCUCCAAAAUGAAGUUGCAACCAUGGAAUCCAUUGUUGAAGAUGGGAUCACAACCUCAUGGCCUGCUUUUGUGUUGCCAGUUCUCACUUCCUCCACAUUCUACUCUUUUUCUAGUUGGAUCAAAAUCCAUGGCUCGAACUCUUCGUUGAUAAGUGCGAGGUUGAUGUCAGGAAAUUCGCCGCACUACUGCGUGGGAACGGUUGUGGCGCGUCGCGAUUGUUGGUCAUUCCUUAAGGGUGGAUUUUACAUGGAUUCAGAAUCAAAUCCAUCUUUACUUUAUUUUCAGAAUUCUGAGGACAAGGAAACUAGCAUAACAAUAGCUAGUGCAUCGUUACAACCUUUUACUAAAGAGCAAUGGUCGUUUCAACAACAAUAUAAGAUAAACACCGAACGGAAACGCGCUGUCACGAUUCAUGUGUCGGAUAAACAAGGUGCAAGGUUACGAGGGGCCAUGGUUCGUGUGGAACAAGUUGCGAAAGAUUUCCCAUUCGGGUCUGCUAUAAACAAUUAUAUUAUUGGGAAUUUACCAUAUCAGAAAUGGUUCGUGGAGCGGUUUAAUGCAGCAGUGUUCGAAAAUGAGCUUAAAUGGGCUGCAACCGAGCCGAAACAAGGGGUGCUCAACUACACAUUAGCCGAUCAAAUGCUAGAUUUUGUUCGAGCCAACCAGAUUGUGGCUAGAGGUCAUAACAUAUUCUGGGAGGACCCAAAAUACAUCCCAUCAUGGGUGCUUAACCUCUCUAAUUCUGAGCUAGAAUUAGCUGUAAAACAAAGGAUCGCGAGCCUGAUGACCAGGUACAAAAACGAAUUCGUCCAUUGGGAUGUUAGCAAUGAGUUUCUUCACUUCAAUUUCUACGAGGACAAACUCGGGGAAAAUGCCACUUAUGAAUUCUUCAAGGCUGCACACGAGGCUGACCCUUUAGCGACUCUUUUCAUGAACGAUUUUAAUGUUGUGGAGAGCUGUAGAGAUGUCAAUUCUACUGUGGAUAGUUACAUUUCAAAAAUGAGGGAUCUGAGGAGAUAUGGAGUGUAUAUGGAUGGGAUUGGAUUGGAGAGUCACUUUGGUGUACCAAACCUUCCUCUUAUGCGAGCAAUUCUAGACAAGUUCGCAACGUUAGAGCUUCCGAUUUGGCUUACGGAGGUUGAUAUCUCGGAUAACUUUGAUCAUAAUCAACAGGCAGCUUAUUUGGAGGACGUUCUGAGAGAAGGCUUCUCACACCCUUCAGUGAAUGGGAUAAUGUUGUGGUCUGCCUUGAAGAAGAACGGGAAGUGUUAUCAAAUGUGUCUAACUGACACCAAUUUUAACAAUCUUCCGGCCGGUGAUACUGUAGAUAAACUUCUAAAAGAAUGGCAAACCGGGGUUAUCAAGAGCCAAACCGACGAACAUGGAGCUUUUAGCUUUUACGGGUACUUAGGUGAGUACGCUGUCACGGCUAGUUUUGGGGGCAAAACAACAAGCUCGACGUUUUCGGUUAGUAGAAGUGAUGAAACAAGACAUUAUAGUAUUCAAAUCUGAAUAUUUGGGGUAUGUGUAUUAUACACCAGUAAUUUGUUAUUCUUUCUUUCAAUUGAUGUGUAUUGUUUAUAUAGACAAGAAACAUGUAUUUAAAGAUUCAUAAGGGACAAAUGUGUUCAUCAAAAUUUGUCAUCAAUAGACCGUAAUACAACUAUCAUUUA